UGUCAUAACUGUCAAACUUGUUCCAUCAACGACAUCAUUUUUACGUAAACAAAAACCGUGUUCUUUAGUUGACCUGUUGACGUGUACUUGGAAAUUUAUUGAAUUACAAUAAAUUUAGUAAAUAAUAUAGUAUCAAGUGCCGCUGGAAACUUUUUGAAAAAUUUGAUACAUCAUGAAUUUCAUUCAGUCAAUUCCAACCCACAUGGAUUUCGAGGGUCAAGCAACAGCUGAAAAGUUAUCACGUAUAAUUAUUACUCUUUUUGGUGUUGUUGGAUUAGUUUGGGGCUACAUUAUUCAGCAGUUUUCACAAACAGUUUAUAUACUUGGAGCAGGAUUUGUUUUAGCUGCUUUGUUAACAAUUCCACCAUGGCCUAUGUACCGUAGAAAACCAUUGAACUGGCAACCUGUGAGAGAUGGAACUGAAAGUACCAACAAAGAAAGUACCAAAAAGGGAAAGAAAAAAUAAUUCAUUUCAUUCAUUAAUAAUUUAACAAAUUCAAAGCACUGCAAUUGUUUUGUUUCAACAUAAUUUUUUUCUGGAAAAAAAUAGUAGCGUAAAAACUUUUUUGUAAAUAAAAAAUCUGUGUUUGAAAAAA